AUGGUAGUCAUACCAUGUUUGGUAGCAAACCAGGGUGCUCCAUCAAUAUCUUCAAUAACUCCGCCUUAUGCCCCAUUCAAUGUGGACACGACCAUAACGAUACAGGGUAGUGGAUUCAUUCCACCUUCAAUAGUGACGGUGGGUGGCGUCAGAUGUCAACCUCAAUCAUUGUCAACGACAAGGAUCAUCUGUGCGCUGCAGUCCACAUCGACACCGGGUGUCAAAACAUUGACAGUGUCCGCGGCGCCAUUCGGCUCAACGUCCACACAGUACAUCCAGUACACCAUGCCAACCAUCCAGUUGUUGACGCCCAGUACGGUGGUGCGAGUCGAUCCCCCACUGUUGACGAUCAAGGGCAACAACUUCUACUCUGGUCUCUCCACGGUGACCAUUGGCACGAAGGACUGUCCUGUGAUCUCGACCACAUCCACUCAGAUCAUCUGUGCCACCCAAGACGCGUCAGCCGAUGGCAUCAAGCCAGUCUUUGUCAGCAACGACGUCAUCAACUCCAACCAAGUUGGUCUCCUCUUCCUCGAGCCCACCCCCGUCCUCUACUCCCUCCAGCCAACCAGUAUCCCAUUCAACAUCGACUCCGUGAUCACUCUCAUUGGAACAAACUUCACCAAGACACCAAUCUCUGUUGUGAACAUCAAUGGAGUUGACUGCCCAAUUAUCGAUGGAACAGUCAACAGGACAUACUUGGAGUGCACGGCACAGGCUGUCUCUGCGCCAGGAACCCAAAAUGUACAAGUUGUCAAUGUCAAACAGUACAAGUCCGCACUCCUCCCAUUGACCUUCAAGAUGCCAACCCCAUCAAUCACAUCGAUCACACCCAACUCUGGCUUGAUAUACAAUCGACUUAAUACAUUGAGUAUCAGUGGAACUGGAUUUGUCAAUCCCAACUCGACGGUCACUGUUGCUGGUCAGUUCUGCUCAAUGACAUUCGUGAACUAUACUUUGAUCACAUGUGAUCUACCACCUCAGAUCACAACCGGUCCCAAAUUGGUCGUUGUAAACAAUCCUACGACACCAUCGUCCAAUCAGGUCACGGUGACAUUCGUCGCACCAACACCAGUGAUCAACAAUAUCAGUCCAAUGCCUAUUAUAUACACUGUUGCGACCAAUCUCACCAUCACUGGACUCAACUUCAUCCCUGGCAUGUCCAUACUUAUGUCUGGCACCAACACAUUCCCAGCCAUCCUCGUUAUGCCCAACACCAUCAUCUUUGCCGCACCUACCCGUACCUCCCAAGGCACGACCAACAUUGUAGUACUCAACCAAGGUGUAUCCUCCAACACCUUUGCACUCAACUACAUACCACCAACUCCAACUGUGACAUCUGUUACACCAUCAAGUUUGGACUAUACUAAGACUAACAAUAUAACAAUCAUUGGAACCAACUUUGUUUCGAUUGCAUUGACAUCGGUCAAGUCUUCAUUAUCAGGUUGGUCAUGCAGUGUCACAACAAUGACUGCCACAUCAAUCAUUUGUGUUGCGCCCACUCAAUCAGCCAGCACCACCAUGACCCUCAUCAUAUACAAUGAGAACAAGAACUCCAACUCUGCCGUCACCUUAUCCUAUGUCCCCCCAACACCAACGAUCACAAACAUCAAUCCACCUGUUAUGUUGUUGAAUCAGAACUCUAGGAUAACAAUGACUGGUACAAAGUAUAUGACUGGUAUCACAACAGUAAAGAUUAAUGGACAAGAUUGUACUGCAGUACAAGUGGUCAGUACCACUCAGGUCUCUUGCCAGCCUCCAAUAUUCACCACCAGUGGCACCAAGCCCGUCAUCGUCUACAACGAGAACCAAGCCUCAAAUGAAAUGCCCUUCAACUAUGUUGUCCCCGUGCCAACUAUUGUCUCGGUCACUCCAAACACAGUGAUAUUCAAUGAGGUCACCAAGGUUGUAGUGACUGGCAAUAACUUUGUUAGUGGAGUAACUCAGGUGAUGGUCGAUGGUCGUGUUGCAGCUGUGACCGGCUACACAUCCAGCCAGCUAUUUGUGAAUGUUCCAGCAUUGACAACUACCGGUAUCAAGCAACUUUAUGUGAUGAACGAGAUGAUUAAAUCAUCAAACUUGAACAUUACAUAUGUUGCGCCAACCCCUACCAUCACCAGCAUCUAUCCACCCAGUGUGACAUUCACUCACAUGACUCAGCUGACCAUCAACGGUACCGGCUACGCCAGUGGUAUGUCCUACGUGACCGUGGACGGCAUCAACUGUACCGAUGUCUAUGUUGUGUCGGCCAACAGGAUCACUUGUUACUCGCCCGUGCUCAAAACGUCCGGAAGCAAGACCGUGAUGGUGAUCAAUGAGGACAAGACUGGCAGCAUGCAGGAGACAUAUGUCGCUCCCGUCCCCUCGCUCACAUCCGUGCAGCCACUGUCCACAACCUUCAACGCACCAGCCAAGCUCACUUUGACAGGCUGGGAGUUUGUCGGCUCGACCCAGGUCACAGUUGGGGCAGCAUUAUGUCCAAUAAGUUUCCAGAACUACACCACGAUCAUUUGUCAGCCAGCCGCGUCGUCGACCACUGGUGCCAAGGACGUGGCCAUCACAACCGAGGGAUGGUCCGCCAACGUGUUGCAGGUGACAUUUGCGCCACCAACACCCGUACUCACAUCGGUCUAUCCGUCGCGUUUGACCUACACCACCACAACCAUUGUCACGAUGUCUGGAUCGGGCUUUGUCCCCGGCAUGUCCUACGUGCAGAUGUCCAACAACAUCAAUUGCACUGUCAACUUGGUCACCGCGUCCAGCAUCCAGUUUGUGGCGCCCAUAUUCUCCCACUCAGGCACCGAGAACGUCACGGUUGUCAACGAGGGCGUGCGAUCAAACGCGAUGUUUGUGGUCUACAGCCCACCCGUGCCCGCCAUCACAGCGAUCAGUCCAUCGACGCCCGUGAUCAAUCAGGACUUUGUGUUGCAGGUCAAUGGAACCAACUUCUCCAACGGAAUGUCCACGGUCAGGAUCGACACGACACUCUGUCCAACGAUCAGUGUGACGUCCACCUCGAUCAGAUGUACAGCCAGUGCCGUGUCGACUACCGGCUCGCGCGCGGUCACCGUCACCAACGAUGGCACCGUGUCUAACACAUUGUCGAUCAACUUCAUCCCGCCAACGCCCAACAUCACCUCGCUCACACCAUGGAGCGUCAUUUACUUCAGUCCAUCAAGCGUGACAAUCAAUGGUGCGAACUUCGUAACAAACAUGUCCGUGGCCAUGGUCGGCGCAUUCAGUUGUCCAACCACCAUUGUCAACUCGACCACACUCAUCUUCACUCCUCCCAUCGCCACCAUACCAUUCCAGCAACAAGUGACCGUACUCAAUCAAAAUGUAUCGUCCAACUCUGUGUACCUGUCCUAUGUCCCACCCCAGCCCUCGAUCAGCUCGGUCCAGCCCGACGUCGUUCUGAUCGAUCAACCGACCCUGAUCACCGUGUAUGGCGCCAACUUCAUGGCAGGCACCGGCUCGCGAGUGCUCAUCGGUGGUGUGUACGCCACAUACGUGUCUGGCACCUCGUCCUCGCUCAUAGUCCAAUCACCUGUGGUCUCGACAUCAUUUGGAAACAGAUCAGUGAGCGUGUCUAAUGAUUACCUGUGGUCCAACGUCUGGAUGAUCAAGUACAUCCCGGCCGCGCCCGUGAUCACCUCCAUCACCCCAGCGACCGCCAUCGUCACGCAGUCCUCCCAAAUGACGCUGACCGGCACAGGCUUCUACAACUGGCUUACGGUCGUCACGGUCGGCGCGAUGAACUUCACCAUCACAUCGAUCAACUCGACAAACAUCAUGUUCACGGCACCCAUGCGUAGCUACUCUGGUGCGCAGACUAUCUGGGUGGCCAACGAUGUCUACAAGUCCAACAAUGUGUCUUUUGAGUAUGUGCCACCCACGCCAUCAAUCACAUCGAUCAGCCCGACCGUCGCCACAUUCACGGAGACGACCACACUCGAGAUAGAUGGAAGUGGUUUCAUCAAUGGCAUGUCGCAAGUGCGCAUCAAUGGAACGUAUUGUCCAACGACCAGCGUGUCGCCAACGGUGAUCUGGUGCAAUGCCCCGCCCAUGUCAUCCACUGGCGUGCGACUUGUGAUCGUGUCCAACGAGUACAUCACGUCCAACUCCAAGGCCAUCAGCUACAUCGCCCCAGUGCCAGCCAUCAACUCGCUCAACCCCUCAGUUAUCAUGUUCAAUGACCCCGCCCCAGUCCUCACCGUGGCCGGAUCAGGAUUCGUGAGUGGCAUGUCCUUGGUACUCGUUGGCGGCAUCGUCUGCCCAAUCACACAGUUUGUCAACAGUACUAUGAUGGUGUGUUUGGCGCCAGUCCGCUCAUCCAGUGCCACACUCAAUGUCACUGUCACCAACGAGGCCACCAUGUCCAACGCCCAGCCACUGAACUACAUUCCACCACUCGCCGGCAUCACCUCAAUCACACCAUUGUCCGUGGUCUUUAGCGAGCCAGCCCAGGUCACCCUGGUCGGCUUUGCGUUUGUGCCAGGCGUGUCCACCGUCGUCAUUGGCGGUAUGGCAGCUCCAGUACUCGCGUCCAACUCCACAUGGAUGGUCGUCCAAACCCCUAUGAUCCCUUCGCUUGGACCCAAGAUGGUCUUGCUCUACAACGAGUAUAUGUCGUCCAAUAGCGUCGACCUGGUGUACAUCGCACCCACACCAUCAAUCACAUCGAUUACGCCCACAACAGCAGUGUUCACUGAGUCCACCUCGAUCACAUUAACAGGCACUAACUUCUUUGGAUGGCUGUCCGCGGUGACCAAUGGCGCGACCAACUACACCAUCGUCUCGAUUACCAACACUACGAUCGUGUUUACUGCACCAUCUGUUCAAUCAGCACUGGGCAACCAGGACCUGUAUGUGAUCAACGAUGUCAAAGCCUCCAACCACGUGUCCUUUGCCUACAUCGACCCGUCGCCAAUCAUCAACACCAUCUCGCCCUCGACUGUCCUCAUCAACACGUCAACAUCAAUCACAUUGACAGGCUCAGGAUUUGUUCAAGGCUUGACAGUCGUGUUCAUUGGAUCACAAUCAUGUGGCAACAUCACGGUGAUCAGCUCAUCCAUGUUGACAUGUGUCGCUCCAUCAUUGAGCGUGCCACAACAAGUCUCUGUCACUGCCAUCAAUGGUGCCACAAUGUCCAUCGCCACUCAGUUGACCUAUGUCUACCCCACGCCAACCCUCACCUCAGUCUCCCCGACUUCUGUCAUCUACAGCCAGUCCGUGGAGGUGACCAUCAUCGGCACCAACUUCUACUCCAACAUCACCUCGCUCCGCCUCGGCUCGACCAACACUGCCAUCACCAUCCCAAUCACAUCAUUGACCGACACACAGCUGAUCGCAACGAUACCCGCGGUCAAUGCUAGUGGCAGCGCGACACUCACAGUGAGCAAUGGAGACCAGACAUCCAAUGGUUUGAAGUUUGAUCACAUCGCGCCAGUACCAGGAUGUGUCGCACCCAAUGGAGAUCGCGUGAGCUGGUGGUUCGCCCGCAAGUUGCCAUUCUCCCAAAGCUACAUGUACUUGAGCUCAAGCUCGUCAUCAUUUGAUUUGGAGGCAUCGAUAUCCAACUCAAGCAGCUGUCUUGGCCGCACAUUGAUGCAGCUCGAGCAGAAUGCACAGUACUCACAGACUGGAUUCUUCAUGUACAAUGACCGCCCAUGGUAUGAUGACCUGUCUGGCACUCAAUCAAAGUCGAUCAAUGGUAAGAACAACGUGCACAAUACACUCGGCAAGGGCUUUGCAUCAUUCCGCCUGGACACCAACCAGAGCGCAGGAUUCCACAUCGUCCACACCCUUGAGGGCUUCCCAGUGCCACUCACUGGUGACCUGGCCCUGUACAAGACGCCGGCCUCUCACCCCGACUCGUGGUUCCCCAACGACUACCAUCUUCGCGUCAAACAAGACCAAGACCUGUCGUUCGGCCACUCAUUCCUCUGCCACUCGUUCGCCAACGCAUCAGAGUUGAUCGCGUCCGUCCAAGCCACCUACCCCUUCAUCUACAAGACCAACCUCCAGCCCAUCCCCUCUGCCUUUGCCACCCUCGCCACACUACUCAGUGAUCCCUCACCCAACGCCAACUCACUCACUAGCGUACCCAGUGGUGGCUCCGGCGUGAUCUUGUCCGCAGGCUAUCAAUCUGAUGUAUGGACGCCACUCGGUGUCCCCUUGUCCAUCACCCUGCCCGCCAAGUCAGUGAUCAUCCCCAACACCUACGCAAUCACCGAGCAACGAUUGACAACCGACUUUGCCACGACUCAUGACGUGCCCAUCGGCCUGCGUCAAUGGCGUUCAGAUAUUGAUCGCAGCAGGAUUGGCUUCAAGGAUAGCCUAUUGUGUCUUGGUGCCUUCAACACCAAGUCGGUGGCAGGCGGUGGACUUGUUGCCUGUGUUCCAGGCGUCCCCUCUGCUGGCUCACUUAUGCUCAAGGAGAUGGCCUUCAGGUAUAUGUCGGACAACUGCACGUCUGGCGCAUGCAACCAGACCAAGGUGAUCGCACCAACCACCAUCAGUGGCCGCGUUAUUCUUGACACAACGCCUCGAAAUGUCCCCCAUCAGCGACUUCUCAAAUCGACGACUACCCCUGGCGGAUCGCCAACAAGUACUAGCGGCUUCGACGUCACGCCAUACCAGGAAGCAUUGGUCAACCCUUGGUUCGUGAACACCACGCUCUAUGUGGCCGACCCCGGAUGCACUGGCCCCUUCUGUGACACUACACCUGGCGCUAUGACCAUCCAGACUGACGCCCUUGGUCUCUUCACAUACACUGGUAACUGGAACAACGCAAGCAUCAAGCUGCAGCUCCACGAUACGCACACUGACCUCAAGAUUGUGGACACUGAUGGCAAGCCCAUUGAAUACGAGAUGGCGCAGGUCAAUGGCACAUUCCAUCCCCUGUACACCUCUGACUCGGACGCCAACCUCUUGCUCCUUUUCAAGACCGUCCAGGAAGUGCUCGCCGCCGCCUCACAGGAAUCAUACAUUGGCGUGCCAGCAGUUGCCGAACCCAUGCCAGCAAUGACUAUCGUCGCGGACAUGAACUCCCACAUCGCAUCAAUCGUAAACAACAACAAUGACCCCAAUGCGUAUUCGUUGGACUUCCGUAGACUAUGCGUUGAGCUGGCUGUGCGAACUGCCGUGCUUGGAUUCGUCGAUGCCAACAUGCCCCAGGCCGCGAAUGUUGCCGUGCCCGUCUCGGCACAACUCGAACAGAUCGUCGAGAACGAGCAGGUGGCUAUGAAGGGCGCGUACAUCAACAUGCUCUCAAUGGCAUUGCGUGACACAGUCUUCCCCACCCUGCCCAAGAGCGAGGCCUCAGUUAUCAUUGGCAUCGAUGCCAAUACCGCCACCACCUCGCGCACAGACAUCGAGCACUUUACAUCGACACGCACUCAACAGCGCAAUGGACCCAAGUCCGAAGGCUGGAUCACAGCAUACUUGUGGGAUCUGAUUGAUGAAGAUGACGAUGAUUGCCAGGAGGAGUAUUGCCAGCGCACUGCAUACACUGAUGGCAACUCGGACAACACAGUCGACUUGUCGACGAUCAGCACGGUGGUUCGCGAGAAUGGCUUCACCGAUGUGUUGACCUUUACCAACAACUUGAUUGCGAAGCUCGCAGCCUCGAACGAAACCAGCCCACUGACCACACAAGGAAUCAAGGAGAUCAUGAUAUACAACCACAUCUACAACUGCUCCGAGCGAUGCGUUGACCUCCUCCCCGCAGCCUUGACCAACUCAUCCUCGCUGGAGGCUGUCCUUCUGUCCUUGGGCAUAUGCCAAAGCACGAUCAACUCGUCCUCGACAAACAUGACCGCUACAGAGGUCAUGGCCAGCCUAUGGGUGUCAUCAACAUCCACCCCAACAGACUGGACACACAACCAGGCAAUCCAAUACCUCUUCUCAACACAGUUCAAGGAGUUGUUUAUCAACACUCCAUUGCUUCAGUCGCUGUUGCGUUUGGAUGACCCUAACCUGUGCGAGUUCCUCAUGGAAGACGGAUACCCAAUCACUCCACGCGGCAUCCAGCUCAUCACCAAGGUGCUCAACAACGCACUUGUGACAGCCACACUCGUUAACAAGUACAACCAACACUCGACAUACUUUGUCCAAGACCAGGCGAGCACCGCUCAGGACGGACUGGCCAUCGUAACAUACCAAGGUCAACUCUGCGCGAUCACCAAGACCAACCUGACCGUGUUCCAGCAUGGUGCGGACAUCCUCGCACUCUGUCCAUCCGGCCCCAUCGUCUCGUCUAUCACCGGACUCUCUGGCCCCACCGUCUCCACAACCAAUGUGAUCACGGUCGCAGGUUGGAAGCUCAGCGAGCCAGGCGUGCAGGUCAUUGUUGGACAGGACCCAUCUUCGAGAACAUGCCAGACUCAAUCAGUUGUCGAUCAAUCUGAUGGUAGUCAGGUGCUCACAUGUGUAGUUGGCUCAGGUGUUGGAAUAGUUCCAAUCACAUAUUCAAACACGCUUAGUAACCUGCCUCAGGAGACUCCAUUGUUGGAUUACCAAUUCGUCUAUGAUGCGCCAGUGAUCCAAUCAGUCACCACUAGCACAUGGCCAUUGCCAACGAUUGGAGGUGGUCGUGUGACAAUCGCCGGACACAACUUCGUCUCGUCCACCACGUCCGAAAGCGACAUACUUGUCUCUGUCGACGACACCUUGUUCAGCGUGGACCGCGCCUACCAAUACAGCUCGAAUGAGUACCUUAUCAUCUCACCAAGCGGCACUGGCUACAACAAGGUUAUCGCUGUCGAGGUCGCCGGCCAGUCAACUUUGACUCCCGGAGCCCAGCAACACUCGCUCAACUUCACCACGCCAGUCAUCACGAGCGUGUCACUUACACGUUCGGCCACAGUCGGAGGCGACAUCAUGACUGUGUACGGAUCAUCAUUUGGUCUGGCAGGCGAGGACAACAAUGAGGUGAUACAGGUAAACAUUGGCGACACUCCAUGCAGCAUUUCUGAGCGUAUUGACGACAAUACCGCCACAUGUGUCGUGCCCCCCGCCGCAGGCAUAAGUCGCGUGGGCAUCAGUGUGGACAAGCAAUCAUUCACAGACGGACCCGAAUUCAAGUAUGACCCGCCCAUCAUCUUCCAGGUCAUCCAAGAGCCAUUCAACACCUCUGCUGGCGGCUCAUUCUGGAUCAUUGGACAAGACCUCGGACCCAAGGGUCUGCUCGUAUUCAACGCCUCGAUCGGUCUCCCCAUCAACAACUUCACGACCGACGUGGUGUGCUUCGAAGAGGUGGACUGUUACUACAACAAGACAUACGUGGACGACGAUGGCGGGCUCAUCCCCACCCCCACCGACCCCUACCACGAGGUGGAUGAGGAUGGCGUGGCGAUCUUUGACCCAUACGUCCUGAUGAACACGUCAUACCGCGAGACCGUGGACUUUGACUGCAUCGUCUGCAGGAUGUUGCCCGGCAUUGGCAAGUCAAUCUCAGUCAAUGGAUCAGUCUCCCAGCAGUCCUCCAACGUCUCGUCCGACGCCCUCACCUUCCAGCCACCCACUGUGCUGUCCAUCUCGAAGAGCUCGGGAAGUUCAAACACCAGCAGCACUGAUGGUGGAGACCAGGUUACCAUCACAGGUUACAACUUUGCUCCAAAUGAGUUGUUGGGCAAUGACACGAACACAGCGCGAUACGAGGGCAGCCUCGAGUACAGCAACGUGACACUGGGCCAACAUUUGUUGAACAACAUCACAUUCACAAACUCAACAUUAAUCACUGGAGCCAUCCCAGCUGGCAUUGGCGCCAACAUCACAUACAUGGUGUAUAUUGGUGGUCAGACCAAUCAAACAAACAUGUUGUCAUUCAACAUGUCCUACAUGCCACCCAACAUCACCUCACUUGCGUCAGGCAAUAUGAGCACAGAUGGUGGACGACUGACGGUGUACGGCACCAACUUCAUCCCAGCCAACGCCAACAUCACAAUCAACUCGACCACAAGCUACAUGUUGAUCAAUGGAACACAGUGCGCGAACAUUAGUUGGACGUCAUCCGGCAACCUGUCAUGCACAGUCGCUCCAGGCAUUGGUGCCAACAUGACCAUCGACCUCUCGGUCGGCACACAGCACUCUUUGCACAACGACAGCGACAUCACAUUCUCGUACGCGCCACCCAACAUCACAACCGUUCCACAAGCACCCACAGACGGCGAUGCGACCAUCACCAUGAUUGGAACCAACUUUGUUCCAAACGCAGUCGACCCUGGCACGCGCUCAAACGUGUCGAUCGCCAACACACUCUGUCCAGACGUACAGUGGAUUAGCUCCACCCAGGUUGCAUGCCGUCCUCGCGCAGGCAUUGGCAAGAACCUGACUCUCGACAUAGUUAUCGGCGGCCAGCGUCCACAGACAUCAAGUUUGUUCUCAUACUUGGCGCCAUCAGUCUCCAAUGUGUCCUCGUGUGGCACACCAGGCGGCCAGAUCACAUUCACUGGUACCAACUUUGUGCCACAGGGCGUCUCCCCAGCAGACUCCAACGUCACCAUCGGCGACUCAACUACGGCAGCCACCACACAAUGGAUCGACUCCAAGUCGCUUGUGUCACAGGCUCCCGCAGGCAUUGGCAAGAACAUCACAAUCACAUUGAUUGUGGGCAAUCAGACAACUGAUCGCGAUAAUGUCACCUACUCAUACACCGCGCCAACUAUCACCUCGGCACCCAAAUCAUCGACAGACGGUGACACCAUUACAAUCCAAGGAACCAACUUUGUGCCAAGUGGCGUCGACCCUGGAUCAAACUCCAACGUCACCAUCAACAACUCGUCAUGUACCUCUGUUUCAUGGAUUGACGACACUCAUGUCUCGUGCAAGGCGCCAGCUGGCAUCGGCAAGGACCUGAGCAUGGCAGUGGUGGUGGGCGAUCAGGCCAACACAGACGACAUUACCUUCACCUACAAGGCACCAGCCGUGUCCAAGGUCACCAAGAGUGACACCAAGGGCACUUCGAUCACAUUGUCCGGAUACAACUUUGUGCCCAACAAUGUCGAGGCCAAGGACUCGAGCGUGAAGAUCAAAGAUGACGAGGUGGAUGCGACUUGGAAGGACUCCAACACGAUCGUGGCCCAGGCUCCCAAGGGCAUUGGCAAGGACAUCUCAAUCAAGCUCGUGGUUGGCGACCAGGCCACCGAGCGCGACAACGUCACCUACUCAUACAAUGCACCAAAGGUGUCCAGCGUGCCCAAGUCCGCGACUGAUGGUGAGGUCAUCACAAUAGUUGGCACCAACUUUGUACCAAGUGGAGUGGACGCUGAUGACUCGAGCCUAACAAUCAACGGCGACUCAUGCGACUCUGUCUCGUGGAUUGACGACACUCACGUUUCAUGUUCGAUCGCCCCUGGCAUUGGACGCGACUUGUCCCUCAGCCUCGUUGUCGGCGACCAAGAGAACACAGACGACAACACAUUCUCAUACAAUGCACCGACCAUCUCAAGUGUCUCAGACAGCGACACCAAGGGAUCGUCAAUCACAUUGACUGGCACCAACUUUGUGCCCGCCGGUGUCUCACCCGCAGACUCCAACAUCACCAUCAACAACCAGGAUUGUGAGACCAUCGACUGGAUCAGCUCCACUCAGAUCACAUGUACCGCGCCAUCGGGCGUGGGCGCUGACGUGGACUUGGUGGUAUUCAUUGGCAACCAAUCAGUGUCGUCAACGAUCAAGUACUCCAAGCCCGUGGUCGACUCCAACUCUUAUUCGGCACCAACCAAGGGCGACAAGUGGAUAACGAUCACUGGUGACAACUUUGUGCCAGCAGACUGGGCUGAUGAGGUCAACCAAGCAGGCAGCGACUCAUCCAACAACACCGUAUCCAUUGGCGAUAAUGAAUGUGAUGAGAUCACAUGGAGUGACUACAACCAAGUACUCUGCAAGGUACCCAAGGGUACUGGCGCCAACAAGAACGUCCAAGUCACAGUCGGCACUCAAUCAUCAGACUCCAACGACUACUUCUCAUACGAUGCACCAUCUGUAUCCAGCAUCUCACCAGAGAAGGGCAGGAUGAGCAGGAACACUCUGGUCACGAUCACUGGAAAGAACUUUGGUGAUAGUCCAUCAGUCAAGAUUGGCUCGGGUGACUGCUCGGGUGUGAGCGUGAUCCCUGGAUCGGGCGACGACGAACGAUUGACAUGCAGCACUCCAACCUCGUCAGAGGAGGGCGACGUCGAUGUCCAGGUGGAGGUCGACGGCCAGCAAUCAUCAGACAGCGUGUCAUUUGAAUAUUAUGGUGCGCCAAAGAUUGACUCGAUCUCACCAAGCUCCGGAUCAAUCGAUGGUCGUUUCUCGAUAACGAUCAGCGGCAAGAACUUGGAGGAGGACGACAAUGAGCCAUCUGUCAACUUCAACGUGGACGAUGUCUCUGUGGACUCACACUCAAGUGAUCAGAUCGUGUUCACUGCACCAUCCGGUGGAGGCCAGAACAUCCCAUUGUUCGUGACCCUGGGCGACCAGAUCAGUGACAUCAACACUGACUUCUCGUAUGACGGACCGUCAAUUGACUCGAUCAGUCCAAGCGAGGGCAACAAGGACAACCCCACCCAGAUCAUGAUCUCGGGUAGCAACCUGGGUCUGUCGGACGAGUCGCCAGAGAUUGACGUCGGCGGCGAGGAGUGCUCCAACAUCAUCGUCUACUCAUCUUCAAGCGUCGGAUGCACUGUGGAGCCCAGCGAGGAGGAGGGCGAGAAGACCGUCACGCUCACAUUCUACUUCCAGACUGCAACCGGCACCUUCAAGCACGAGGAGGAGGACAGCAGCAGCAGUGACAGCUCUGACAGCUCCGACAGCAGCAACAGUGACAGCAACAGCGACAGCAACAGCAACAGCCAGGACAGCAACAGCCACGAGGACAGCAACAACUACGGGCGGUGGUGA